AUGGCAUCUUCAGUAGCCUCGGCCUCUCCCACCAAUAUUCUGAUCGCACUGCCAGCUCGGCCGCCAACUCCUCCUCGUGAAGCUAGCCACGAAGUCGACGUCUCUCUCAAAUCCAUCGUUCUGGGGCGAGCCUCGGCCUUUGACCCAAUAUUGAGUCUUCACACCCCUCCGAAUGCCCACUCCUUCACCUCACCUGUUGCUACGGGAUCCAACCCCAGUUCCAGUCGUGCUCGGAAGAAGGUUGAGUGGUCCUCUCACACAGACUAUUGCGAGGCCCCCCAAUAUCCCGAAGGUCUCAAGGCCGGCAAAUCUUCGCCAUUCUCAGCUCCGUCGUCAGCAACACGCUUUAAACCUGUCAAGAGCAUCCUUAAGCCUUCCUCGUCCCCGAACCCUUUAGCUUCCUGCUUUACGAACGAGCUCGAUGGUCCUUCACCGCUUAAUAUAAUUGAAAUGCUGGACUCGACUAUCAGGCAGCUGGCCGGAGCAGACCGGGACUCCAAGCUGGAUGCAUAUAUGAUGCUUUCCAGAGCCCUCAAGGCCUCCAACAACCUUCCGGAUCGAGUCGCUUUGCAAAACAAGAUGAGCCUAUUUAUGCAAUUUGUUCAGCGGGAUAUGACGGCAAAGUCGGACCAUGGAAACCUAGACACGUCUCUGAUUAAUCAUUCUCUCACACUGCUUGCCACCUUUCUUCACUUCCCGGCCAUUGCGUCUACCCUUACCUCUGACUUCAGCGUUUUCGUCAUUGAGCAGUCCAUCCGUUCGUUUGAGGACGAAGCGAUGCCCAAGGAUGUGAUACGACAUCUUAUGCAAGUCGUGGCAUUUCAGAACUUUUCUGCCAAAGUCAUGACCUCGGAGAGAGUUGGUCGUCUAGUAGCAGCUUUGCACAAGAUUGAACAUCACUUAAAGGGGAAAAGCAUUAUAAUGAGCCGGCUACACAUAUACAAGCGACUCAUCAAACAGUCCAGAAACCACAUGGCUGCUCACCUUGAUUGGCUCAAGGAUAUGUUUACUGACAUGCUCAGUUCUGUCAAAGACAUUCGCUCACAAGCCAUCAGCCUGGGAUCAGAGGCAGGGUUUGCGUUGCGGUCCGAAAAGCAAUUACUUCGAAAAGCGACCGAACUAUUUCAAGCAGCCGACGAUAGCGAAACAUACAUCGACUUUUAUGUAAAGAGGCUGCAGGCGAUGGUCAAGGAAAAGCAUUUUUGCCACUUCGUCCCCCAAAUAUGGAGCGUCGUCAUCCUAUUUCUUCGUUGUCCCCUUGAUAGAUGGCAGCACUAUGGACCUUGGUUGACCCUGGUGCAGUCUGCCUUCAAUAUGACGGACCACUCCACUAAACAAGAAGCCAACUUUGCAUGGAACAGAUACGUCUAUCUCUCGCUUUCGGACAACAGAGUCAGCCCCAAAUGCAUUGCGACGUUAUGUCAGCCUCUUCUUAGCCAACUUCGCAGAAAGUCGAGCGCGAAACAGCAAGAAGAAGCCUUGAAACUGCGCAGGGUGGUAAUUGGUGGUAUAUGCAAUUUAUACUACUACGCCUUUACUCCCGGUAGUGACAAAUACGAUACGGAUGUCUUGUGGGAUGUUGCCGUGCAACCAAUCAUAAGCCAACUCAUUAGCCUGGAUGGUAUGCCUGACGUCCCUGGAGAUGGCAUUAUGCAAGCAGCUAGAUUACUUGUUGGUCUUCUGGAUGUCGUCACACCGCGUGUUUGGAGGCAAGACCGCAUCGUUGAUCUGCCUCCAGUCAAACCGGACGAACUCCCCGCCAUUGAUUCGAAGUGGGUUAGAAGGAAUUGUGACAAGGUGUUGCAAUUGGUGGGACCUAUCAUUCAAAAGAAAUUUAUCGAUCUAGCGAAUAAAGACAGCUUGAUCUACCGAUUGUGGCAGGCACUUGUGGGGUCUGUUACAGCUGCCUCUGCAAAAGAUAUCAAGGUUUCCGAGGAUACGGCCAAAUUUGUUGGCUGUACGUUCGGUUUACUUUCUACUGUUCUUACGACGGAGGGUGCUAAGCCCGAAUCUGCUUCGUCCAACUCAAAAUUUCUCUCUGGCGUCUCUAACCUAGUACAAAUUCUCAUCGAUGGACUAGGGCUUCUCCCAUUUACUGAGAAGAGACUCUCUAUGACUGUUCUGAAUAUCUUUGAGCCAGUUGCUACGCCAUCACAGCGGGUGGACCGAUCGGAUAAGCCUAGAGGGGUCGUACGUAUGCCUCUGCAUCACUUGUUCGUAAUGCUUGCUGCUGUCCCUGUUGGCGGCAGCGAUGACGACACCACGGCGAGGUUUUUACAGUCAACUUUUGAACCUUUCUUGAAAGGCAGAAGUGCCAAAGGACGUUUCGACUUGGCCAAAGAGCUAUUGCAGCUGUUACCUCGCCACUCUUUGACGCCAUAUGGGCCUUGGUUGCUGGCUGCAGAUUGUGCUAAAGCGUACCUUGACAAGCGUUCAAUUCUUACCGCUGGGUGUGUCCCAGUUCCAGAUAAAAUGAACGGCCCGGAGUUCCGAGAAGUUGUGUCUCUAAUAGAACGUGGUCUCAGCUCGCACCCAAAUCUACCUCCUCGACAGUGGACUCCCUUGUUUGAUUCUGUUGCCACACAAGUCUCGAGCGAUUUUGGCGAUGCUGGCUGUUCUCUAGUCGUCAUCGAACCUUUAGCCAAAGCGAUAUUAGACAUGCCCAGUGCGGCAGCUGAACGCCUAUCCCCAUUGGUCGUCCAAGCUGUCACCUCUCUCUUCAACCAUGCGAAACUGCCUCGAGACAAACAAGCCGUGGAAGCUGCUCGGUCAAGGCUCUGGGGAGCGCCUCCAAAUCUGCCCAAAAUGACGUAUUUCGACCCGCUCGAUCAUCUAUACAAACUUGGAAAUCACUUUUUGGUAGUUUUAACAUGUGUGAUGUGGAAUGCAAUCAUGAAUCAUGAUGAAGAUAUCCAAUGUUCAGACAGUCUCAUGGCGAUCGUUUCUUCUGUGCGAUCCAAGGUUGAUAUUGUCGUCCCAGGUGCCAGCAGAAAUACUGGUCUCGGAAUACAGACUGCAAAGGGAGGCCUACCAGCCGACCCCAGCUCGGAUGCUCUAUCCCCAACAAGAUCGCAUCCUGAUGCCAACAUUACAACGUCAACCUCGAGAUUGUCUGCAUCUAGAAGACCAAUGACCAGGAGGCGACGUCUAGAAUUGACACCAGAGUGCCAUCACGCAAAGCCAACAAAACGAAUGAGCACACCGCGCCGCCGACAUGACAAUUCUCAAAUACAAUUUGAGCCAAUUGUGUCGUCCUCACCCUUGCAUAACGAAUCUCAGCACCUGACAGAACGCCAGAAGGAGGUCCGAGAAAGGCAGCGUCAAAAUGCAGUCUUAUACACAGACGCCCAAUCCAACUUCUCUCCACCAUCCGUCCACAAGUUGCCCGGGCCAAGUACACAAAGGAAUGUGCCUCAGAGUCCUAAAAUGGUACAGGAGAGCACCCCUGAACACAGUAAAUCCUUCGAAGACCUGAUUAGCUUGACACCAACCCCCAGGCGCGGCCAGGUGUUACAACUGGAUGACUUCAAUGACCCCCCGUCUUCGCCGCCUGCACCCCGCCCGUACCCCCUUCUAUCUGAGAUCCAAUCUCGGUCAAGGGCAGGAAGUGUCAUGGAAAGCUGGGAGUUUUCCUCGCCACCGGGGUCUCCCGUUGAAAAUCAGCAAAGAGAAGCAGCAGAGCUGCAACCUACUGGGCCUGCAGACAUUGAAGCACCAAAGAAAUUGCGUCGCUCUUCGAAAAGGACAAGACGUAUGGAAGCCGAACCUUGCCAGUCUACUGACCAUGCAGUCUCUAACAAGCGUGAAGAUGAGGGUGUAUCACGUAGUAGGAAAGCCAAAGAUCAGUCAUCCCAGCGUUCCUUGAUAGCACCCGCCACACCCGGAGAAGGUAUAAUUACACGAGCAAGGACAGCUCAAGUCACGCCGAAGCUUGAGAAUGACUUGGCGAAGGGAUCCAAAUCAUUAUCCCGCCGUUGCUCUUCACGGCAUGUGGAAGCGGAGAACAAGAUGACAGAACAAAAGGUAGAUGUCACGAAGUCUGGUGUACUCUCGGAUUUACAGGACGCGGCGCAGCAUGGCGAAGAUGUUACGAGGCCAAUGGGUGGCUCAAAACUUUCUGACCGCACAGAGGGGGGUUCAAAGAUCCCACUUGGAUCUCAUGGGUGUAUUUUGGUACACACAGAUUCUACUUGUCCAUCACCUGAGAAACCGGAAAAUGUAACAGUUGAAACGCCACCUCCCGUGGUACCAUCGACUGCCGAGGCUUCGGAGGAGACAGAAGCAAGAGGAUCUCGGAAGAAAAGAAAAAGGGUCGGAAAGCACUCCGACAAGGGCAACAAAAGGCGACGAUCUGUUACUGAUGAAAUCCAAGAAUUAUCGGUCAGACAAAAACAAUCCGACCCGCGUGUACCACAGACUUGCGACGACAGGAACGACCCUAUUGAGGGUAUGGAGACUAGAAGUAGCCUUCGGCAAAGGCAACAACAGGCACUUCGUCGUGAGUCAAGACAGGCUCGAAGAGAUCCUAAGCGUCGAGCCAAGAGUCCAAGUGGGAAUGCGGACGGUGGUGAUACUGAUGAGGAAGUACAAUCUCAACUAGUAAAGGAAUCUAAUGAGGCGUCCCAGCAGAACCACGUGGAGGGAGAUGGCCAAGGUGCGACCACGGGCGAAAUUGCAGGAGGAGCCAAUGAGGAUGAGAUGGAGCUCGAAGUAGGGUCGAAGGUUGGUGAAAGUAUGGAAACUUCUGUUGGCACAAAAUCAAGUGUAGGACCACCAGUUGGAGGAGAAAGUCCCCUGACAAUUAUGGAAACUCUGCGGAGUGGGCUCGAUAAACUACGCAGUGCAUCUCUCAGUAGAGAGAAAGUGUAUGAGGUUGAGGAUAUUUUGAUGGAUAUGAAGCGUGAGCUUUUCGAAGCGGAGAGGAGAGGAAGAGGACGAACCAGGAAGAGAAAAUCAAGAGGCCAGUGA